AUGAUCAAAACUAUGAAAUUGGUUAUAUCCGAAAACGGCAAAGAUAUAGAAACUGUCAAAAUAGAAACUAAUACAGACCCUCCCCUUUUAUAUAAGUCUUUAGAAGAAUUUCGUAAACUUGCUAAUGCAGCAUUAACCAAACUUAUAGAGGAUAGUGGCGAUACCGACGAUUGCGUAGAUGAAGAUACAAGUAGCGAAAAUGAGGAAGAUAAAGUUUGCUCAAAUCCCAAAAAAAGAAAGAAAAAGAGUUAA